AUGGGAAUCAAAGGCUACUUUAGCACUAUGAGAGAGCGGUUCACGCCGCUGACGUUGGACCAGAUCGGCAAAGGUGUUGUCUUCGUGGACGGGCACAUCAUGGCCCACCAAAUCGCCAACAUGGUUGAUCCAGGCAGCCGUUACGACAUGCGUGGCGUGGCCAUGAAGUUGGAGGAGCUCUUCAACUGUUGGAUCGGCCAACACAAAUGGGACAUUCAGCUCGUGCUGUUUGACGGCCUGGUGCCCACAGACAAAAUGGACGGCAGACGCAAACGGGCCAUGGAGUCCCUCCCCACGGCUCUGCAUGCCCAGAGUCUCGCUCUGACCGUUCUUUGUGGAGCUCUGUGUCUCGAUACGAUCCAGUCCAAGUUCCCAAAUGUCCCGUGCUUGGUGUCUCCAGGCGAGGCAGACCGGGAUCUGGCCUGUCUGGUCUUCAACUACGCCAAACUGAACUCCAACAAGGCCGUUCACAUCAUCUCCAACGACUCAGGUUUCUGCGCGUUCGACUUUCCGGAAAACGUGCACGUUGUCAACACCCUGGUAGGAGGGUUGGAGAACUCGGUUCUGUAUGCCCUACCAGUCUCACGAACAGUCGCCAACUGGAUCGGAGUCAAACCUACCCUACUGGCAUACUCUGUCAUGAAACACAGUGGAAAGGGACCUUCACAAGCGAAAAAGUACGAGGAGGAAGAGGGGUACCUAGAGUUUUCACAACAGCAACAACAGCUGCUAGCCAAGGCCAGUUACUCAUCUGUAGGCGAAUAUCUCGCCGAACCUGUCACUCGAAGAGCAUACCAGAUCUUUGGCCAACAGCACGACGAGCUGUUAAUGCAUACAGCUGCGAACGCAUGGAUCGAGUAUGGAUACGGAUACGUGCUGCUACCCGUCAUGUGUGAGCCCAAGGAGUUUGAGUAUGCCUUUGACGCUGGACGAAGGUGGCGAUCUGUGGCGUACGAGAUCUGUGCCCAGAGACUGAUGCAGGUGUUCCCCGAAAAGGACUUUGUGACAUCUCAUGUGCGUGAGUUUGUGCGGAUUGGAGAAACGUUAGGAGAGAUGGACGUGCCUAUUACCGACCACGAGAGAGCAAGAUACAACAAGACCGGUUCACAUUACCAGCUGUUCCAAAAGGAGGAGCUUUUGCGAGCGGUCAAGACGUGGAAGACUUCGGAUCUGAUCAACGCCAUUUGGAUAGAAAUCAUGGCCACGUCUCCCAACGUCCGAAACACCAAACUUGAAUUUGACGCCCAUCACAUGAGGGAUAGGGUGGUCAAGUACUUGAAGGAAGCAUGGAACGACGAGGGAGUGUUUGCUCUGCGAAGGUACUCACGAAAGGAGCGUAAGUUGAUGGCCCGCAAGUCGUGCGCAAUGGAAGCAACGGAUCGUCGGUUCUACAACAAGCUGUUGGCCUGUUUCCAGAGCUUGCGAAUGCUUCAAGCUGUGGGAGUCACGUUCCCAGUCGAUGUUCAUUUGUUUGAUCUUGAUGGAACUCGAUGGAUGUCUAUGACCAAGUCGAAGUGA